CUAUACUACAGCAACCAUGGCGACAAGAUUACAAGGCAAUGUAUUCCUCUCAAUGACACAUAUGGUUAAUUACUAAAAAGGUAAUUUUCAGAAAUUGUGUUCUUUUAAUCUCGCAUAUGGGUCUAAUCAUGUUGUGGAUUAUCAAAGAGAUUUAACCUUUAACGAUUAACGGAACUAAAAAAACUUCAAAGAACUAGCCACUUUAAUUUGCAAAAACAAUAUCUUUGUUUUAUAGUAGUUCUAAAAAUUAAUGCUAAAUUAAGAAUUUUACAUCACUUCUAAAUAUAACAUGCACCCGAUGAUUCAGUAUGAAAUAUUCAAACCAAAUAUAUUUUUUGUUGCGGUUUUAAAAUAAUACUCAGAAUCUUGAUGCAUACAUAUAGUCUGAGAGAAUGGGUCUUGGGAGUUGUUAGCAGUAGUUGCAGACGAAUCAUCACCUCAGACCUCAGUAGGAGAGGUGCAGUUAAAGAGUCCAGCUCCUGCUGAUGUGUAGGCCUUUGUUAUUUGGAUUGCUUGGGCUUGGAAGUUAUUAUUGUAAUAAGUCAGAUCAAUUUUCAAUUGAUCGAUCAUAUGCCCUUAAAUACAAGAGCUCUGAAUCUCACCCCACUACCUUUUAGCAACCAUGGCGAGAAGAUUACAAGGCAAGGUAGCCCUCAUCACUGGUGGAGCCAGGGGGAUCGGCGCUGCGGUGGCGCGGCUCUUCUCUCAGCACAGCGCCAAAGUCGUGAUAGCCGACAUCCGGUCCGACCUGGGCCGCUCCGUAUCCAACCAGAUCCAGCUCGAGUCGGGCCACCCCGUCUCCUACGUUCAAUGCGACGUGGCGAGUGACUCGGACAUGGAAAACGCAGUCGACACCGCCGUUUCGACCUACGGGAAGCUCGACAUCAUGUAUAGCAACGUCGGGAUAGUAGGGGAGAGGUUCGACCCUCUGGCGAAGAUCAAGAAAGUAGGCAUACUGUCUGUUGACCGGGAAGCGUUCAGGAAGGUGUUCGACGUUAACGUGUACGGAUUGUUCCUGGCAGCGAAACACGCUGCCAGGGUGAUGGUCCCGCGGAAGAGCGGGGCCAUUCUUCUGACGGGCAGUGCCGUGACGGCCAGCUACGGCACCACGCCGCACAUGUACUCUGCGUCGAAGCACGCUGUGGUGGGGCUGGCGAAGAACCUGUGCGUGGAGCUGGGGGAGUUCGGGAUUCGUGUGAACUGCAUCUCGCCGUUUGGGACUCCGACUCCGAUGGGUGAGGAGUCAAUGGGGCUGGACGAGAAGACUCUGGAGGAGAUGUUCACGACGAUCGGGAAUCUGAAAGGAGUUGUUCUGAAACCAAAGGAUGUCGCGGAGGUGGCGCUGAGCCUGGUGAGUGAUAAGUCAAAGUACCUAAGUGGGUUGAACCUUUUGGUUGAUGGUGGUUUCUGCCUCAAGAGUGCUUGAUUAAAUGUGUCACCACAUGCAAGAUAUGUAAUAAUGUAUUGUUAAUAUUGAGGCGAUGUGUAAUAUAAUGUCAAAUUAAGUAAUUAUGGAGAAUAUGAAAACACUUGUUAUCCUUCUUAUAGUCUCUAUAUUCUGAAUCCUUUCUCUCUUUUCCUUGCUCAAAGCCUCAAACUCACUGAUUAUCCCUCAAAGUCAUUAAUUAAAAUUUUCACUAAAACAUUUGCUUCAAAACAAUGGUGGCCAGCCUGGCAUCCGCCAGCCGGUCCAACCAGUUCAACCCAGCAUCAGCCCAGGAAUCAAUCCCGUCUUACUCACCCAUUGAUGGAUCUAGUUUAGACAAAGGCCAUAACAAAAAGCCCAUCUACCAAAGCUAUUGAAGAACGACGAGCCCAGCUGAAGAAAAAAUCAUCACCUCAUCCCUCUUCGGCGGGCAUUCAGCUUCUUCACCAAGAACUCCUCUCAUCCACUUGCUCCAACCGAGCGAACCGUGCACAACGUUCCAACCAACGCAUUGAAGAUCCAUUCAAAUCGAUCUACAUAGAAGCUCUAUGCAAGGGAAGAUCAGGCGACGACAAGCGGCAACAUUUUUCGACUCACCGAGUAGAACAGGGAAGUUUUACGGGACGAUAGAAAUCAGAAAUGGGUUGAUUUAUUCGAAUCUAAUCUGCAGUCUUUACAUCGGAGAUUGCUUCUGGGUUUUGGCAUAGAUAAAUCGCAUUCCAAUUUAGAUUUGAUUGAAUCCAGUUGAUCUACAAUCAACGCAGGCGGGAUUUACAGCGGUAGCCAUGACUGUCCUUGGAGGAGGCUCUGAAAAACCACGAAACCAAUGUCGGAAUGUUUCUGGAAGUCGGUAUAGGUGAGUAGGGAGGGGAAUCAGGCUCGAAAUCAUCAACGUUUCAGUUCGGCCGACGAAAGGGAGGGAAAGAACGAAGAUAGUCGCAGAGAAGAUUUCUGGUUCUGGGUUCAGGAUUCACAUAGCCGUCAAAAUAUCGCCAGGAGGGACUUUUGGUCAAAAUAUCGUAAAAUAUCGUUGAAUAUCGCGAUAUUUAAAUUUGUCGCGAAAUAUCGUCAAUUUCAAGUUCUCGUAAAAAUAUCGUCAAUUUAUCGCGUUUCGAUUUUGGGUUUGAGGACCCGAAACGUUUCGCGUUUCUGCCCAACGUUUCACGUUUCUGAGUUCUGUUGAUCGGUUUCACAGAUUCUCUGAAGCAUCGGCCGCUGGCUCAAUAUUUGGAUGGGCCGAAACAUUUAUCACACCAGAUAACUUUUGAACAGACUGGCCCAUAUUAGCAAGCCCAAUAUCAGCUUUUUGGUGUGUUGCCGGAUUCAGGCCGAUUAGGGCAGGCCCAACUCCGGGAAACCCUGGCCCUAAUGCUGCGAAACUGUCGAAACGGAUACGAGGCACGGAAUUAUUUGAAGAAACGCCAAAACGCGAAAGGUUUCGCUACCUGAAAACCAAAAUCGAAACGCCAUAAAUUGGCGAGAAAGUAAAAUUGACGAUAUAUAAAAAUAUCACGAUAUUUCGCGAUAUUUACGGUAUUUUGUCGAUAUAUUUAUUUUCUGCGAUUUAUUGGCAUGAAGGCCAAAAAAAUCCCGGGAAAAAUCUAAAAAACGAACAGAAAAUUG